CUCGGCGGCGUCCUCGGCACGCCCUUCGUCGUCGCGGCGACCAAGACGUGGUACGGCGACGGCACGCUGAACCUGCCGUCCUGGACGCCGCCCAAGGGCAUCUUCGCGCCCGUCUGGACGACGCUCUACGCGACCAUCGGCUUCGCGGCCUACAAGGCCGCGGCCGCGAACGCCUUGCCGAAGCUCGCCGUCGCGCACUACGUCGGCAACCUCCUCUGGGCGCCGCUCUUCUUCAAACUCAAGCAGUUCAAGGCGGCGCUGGGCCUCAACGUCGCCCUCGUCGCGUCGCUCGUCGCCGUGCUGCCGGCCUUCGGCGCCGUCGGCGCGAAGGCGCUCCUGCUGCCCUACCUCGCCUGGCUCGUCUUCGCGACGGUCCUCAACGCGGAGAUCGUCCGGCUGAACCCGAAG